ACGUUUAAUACGAAACACAUUGGACACGUCGAUUUCCAAACAAUAAGGAUAUUAACCUAAAUUGCAAGUGAAUUUAUUGAGUUGAUCAUUGUGUGGAAAUUUUGUAACGAUUGGAGAUAGCAGAAAAAUGCGCAGGGCUCACGCUGGUAAUUACUAUGAGCCCCUUUCUCAAAAUCCUAAUGAAGUCGAGGAAGAAAACGAUCGGAUGGCCGACGAAUUAAAAGAUAAAAUUCAUAUACUCAAGAGUCUUUCCAUAGAUAUUGGCAAUGAAGUGAGAUACCAAGAUAAACUAUUAAGGGAAGUUGAUGAUGAUAUGGAUCGUACUGGUGGGUUUCUUGGAAAUACUAUGAAUCGUGUGUUGAGGUUAUCGAAGGGCUCACAUAACUAUUAUAUUCUCUAUUUGUUUCUAUUUGCUAUUUUUGUAUUUUUUGUAUUGUACAUAAUACUUAAGUUUAGGUAAAAAAAUAAAUUUUUUUAAUAGACAUUGAUUUAACCGUAAGUUUCUUGGAUUCUUUUACUUGUAAAUAUUAUUAUGUACCUAUUUAUAAAUAUAAUAAAAAAUAAUAUAAUUUA